GUCACAAAAAAUCAAUUCAGAAAUAUGGCUAAGUCUAAAGUUCUCUAUUCUGCCUUUCUUGCUACCUUAUUCUGCUUUCUCAUUGCAUCAACUGAGAUGAUAAGGGUAGAAGCAAUAGGUUGUGAAACGCCAAGCGCAACAUGGAAAGGGGCUUGCGUUGUAACUGAGGACUGUGAUAACCAAUGCAUCAAAUGGGAGGGAGCUAUUCAUGGAGCUUGUCAUUUGGGAUUUGGGUGGAGCAUUAGCCAAUGUUAUUGCUACUUCUGUUGAUCUAUAAUAAUCAUCAUAGUUCACUAUCUUGGUAGAGCCUAUGUUUUAUAUGCUAAAAUAAAAACCCAUAUAAUGUGUAAUAAAGCACAAGCAGCGUGUAAUAAUCCAAGAGAUU